AAAGAGAGAAAGACUGAGACUCACGUGGACACACUCAGAGACGCAGAGACAGAAAGAGACAGGCGAGGCUCUCCAGGAGGCCCGGGGGCCCACUCAGCUUAUCGCUCCCCACCCCCGCUCCACCUGCACUUCAAUGCCCCGCAGGUCGCGGGCUGCUACUCUUCCGAAGGCGGCGGAGGACCGGGGGCGCCCUCGUCACCGCUGACUCGGACCCGCGUGGACCACGCCUGAUUCGCGCGCCCUCGGGCACCCACGCUGGUGCGCCCAGAGCGUCCCGGUGCGCUUCAGCCCGUUUCAGGUCCUCGAGAGGCAGCCCCGGCCGGGAUGGUCCCGGGCCGGGCGGUGGCCGGGCUCCUACUGCUGGCGGCCGCGGGCGUCGGAGGCACGGUGCUGGGGCCCGGGCUCGCCUUUAGCGAGGAUGUGCUGAGCGUGUUCGGCGCGAAUCGGAGCCUGUCGGCGGCGCAGCUCGCGCGCCUGCUGGAGCAGCUGGGAGCCGCCCCCCAGGAGGGUGUCGCCGAGCCCGGCCGGCUGCACUUCAACCAGUGUCUGUCAGCUGAAGAGAUCUUUUCCCUCCAUGGCUUUUCAAACGCUACUCAGAUAAGCAGCUCUAACUUCUCUGUCAUCUGUCCAGCAGUCUUACAGCAAUUGAACUUUCAUCCUUGUGAGGAUCGGCCCAAACACAAAACCAAACCAAAUAUUUCAGAAGUUUGGGGAUAUGGAUUCCUGUCAGUGACAGUUAUUAAUUUGGCAUCUCUCCUCGGAUUGAUUUUGACUCCACUGCUAAAGAAAUCUUACUUCCCUAAGGUUUUGACCUUUUUCGUGGGUCUGGCUAUUGGGACUCUGUUUUCAAAUGCCAUUUUCCAGCUUAUUCCAGAGGCAUUUGGAUUCAAUCCCAAAAGUGACAACUAUGUUGAGAAGGCAGUUGCUGUGUUUGGUGGAUUUUACUUGCUUUUCUUUUUUGAAAGAGUGCUUAAGAUGUUAUUAAAGACAUAUGGUCAGAAUGAUCACACUCACUUUAGAAAUGAUGACUUUGGUCCUUCUCAUGAGAAAACUCAUCAACCUAAAACAUUACCUGCCAUCAAUGGUGUGACGUGUUAUGCAAAUCCAGCUGUCACAGAACCUAAUGGACAUAUCCAUUUUGAUAACGUCAGUGUGGUAUCUCUACAGGAUGGAAAAACAGAGUCAAGUUCGUGUACCUGUUUGAAGGGACCCAAACUGUCAAAAAUAGGGACCAUUGCCUGGAUGAUAACACUCAGUGAUGCCCUCCACAAUUUCAUUGAUGGCCUGGCGAUUGGGGCUUCCUGCACCGUAUCUCUUCUUCAGGGACUCAGUACUUCUAUAGCGAUUCUGUGUGAAGAGUUUCCUCAUGAGUUAGGGGACUUUGUGAUCCUACUCAGCGCAGGAAUGAGCACUCGGCAAGCCUUGUUAUUCAAUUUCCUUUCGGCGUGUUCCUGCUAUGUCGGGCUAGCUUUUGGCAUUUUGGUGGGCAACAAUUUUGCUCCAAAUAUUAUAUUUGCCCUUGCUGGAGGCAUGUUCCUCUAUAUUUCUCUGGCGGAUAUGUUUCCAGAAAUGAACGAUAUGCUGAGAGAAAAGAUAACUGGAAGAAAAACCGAUUUUACUUACUUCAUGAUUCAGAAUGCUGGAAUGUUAACUGGAUUCACAGCCAUUCUGCUCAUUACUUUGUAUGCAGGAGAAAUCGAAUUGGAGUAAUGGGAAAUGAAAGAUGGUGUUGUUAAUGAAGGCAUUUAAUAAAUAAAAACAUCUCCAAAGGGAUUUUUAAGCUGA